AUGAGCUUUAGUAAUGCAAGUCUUUGCGAUGAAGUAGAUAAAAAACUUAUAGUCGUACUUCGUGAUGGUAAAAAGUUUAUUGGAGUAAUGAGAACAUUUGAUCAAUUUGCAAACAUUAUACUUCAAGAUACUGUUGAAAGAAUUUAUGUGGGAAAUUGUUAUAGUGAUAAAUAUUUGGGUGUAUUUUUUAUAAGAGGUGAUAAUGUUGUAAUAUUAGGUGAAAUUGUAUGUCUAGAAUAUGAAUCAAUUGGUUAA